CGUCGUUUACAGUAUUGACGCAUGUCUUCCUUCACGAGGUAACGGGAUUUAUGAAUAAGGACACAGAAUUAAUGAUUGUGUUUUCAGAUUUAACGCGUGGCAUUUGGGUGAAUUUGCAUAUGAUAUGGGGUUAAAAUAUUUUCAAACUCUACAAGGUAUUUAGAGACAAAUGUCAGUUGAUCUUGCUCUUAAUCCUGACCGCCAUUCAUCCCCUCAUGAAUAUUAAUGAAAUCAUAAGAGCAUAAAACCAUCUCCCCAACGUGCGCUCACAUCAAAGCGUCACCAUCGUCAGAGUGGGAUCCUACAAGAAGAGCGUUUGAAUCCACUUUUGAAUCUCAGCCUUGGUCGUUAAACGGUUGUUAUACAUUAUUUUGAAGUCAAUUGAUAAAUUAAAUACGAUUUUAAAAUGGCUUUAAGAGGGCCACUGCGUCGUCUUCUAAGGACUCAACUCAACAAUACCUGUCAGAGCAGAGCGCAUUCUGUGGCUGUUUUAGGAGCACCAUUCUCAAAAGGACAGAAAAGGAGAGGGGUGGAACAUGGACCCAAAGCCAUCAGGGAUGCCGGUCUGAUCGAGAGGCUUUCAAAUCUGGAUUACCCAGUGCAUGACUUUGGAGACCUGAGCUUCCAGUAUCUGGAGAAGGACGAGCCCUACAUGCACGUCCCCUUCCCUCGCACUGUGGGCAGAGCUAACAAACUGCUGUCAGGGGCCGUCCGCAACGCGGUGGGAGCCGGACACACUACCAUCAUGCUGGGAGGAGACCACAGCCUGGCCAUUGGUUCAGUGGAAGGCCACGCCCGGCAGUGUCCUGACCUGUGUCUGAUCUGGGUCGACGCCCACGCUGACAUAAACACGCCCCUCACCUCGCCCUCAGGGAACCUCCACGGACAGUCGGUUGCCUUCAUGCUGAAAGAGCUGCAGAACAAGAUGCCAGAGCUGCCAGGGUUCAGCUGGAUGAAGCCCUUCCUGUCAGCUAAGGACCUGGUCUACAUUGGCCUGAGAGACGUCGACCCUGGAGAGUACGACAUCCUGAAGGACUUGGGUGUCCAGUACUUCACAAUGAGAGACAUCGACAGGCUCGGCAUCCAGAGAGUCAUGGAAGUCACUUUCGACCACCUCUUGUCAAGGAAGCAGCGGCCGAUCCAUCUGAGUUUUGACAUUGAUGCGAUGGACCCGUCUUUGGCCCCGGCCACAGGAACACCAGUAAACGGAGGUCUGACCUACAGAGAAGGAAUCUGGAUCACAGAGGAGAUCCACAACACAGGGUUGUUGUCAGUGAUGGACCUUGUUGAGGUCAACCCAGACCUGGGGGCGAGUCGUGAGGCGGUGGCGAGCACCGCUUCCAUGGCGGUGGACGUCAUCGCAUCAUCCCUGGGCCAGACCCGCGAGGGAGGUCCCAUCACCCAGGAGUCGCAAACACUCAAAGACGACACGGAACAGCUUCGACUCUAGAAUCACAUUCUAGAACCACAUUCUAGAACUCAAAAAGACUUAACAUAUUGGCAUUCCUGAAUUAGUUUUUUUUUUUUAAGACUGUACAUACAGAACAGAUGCACUGAAACUAGUUGAAUUGUUUCAAAGCAUUUAGUUGCAUCUUCUGUGUGUGUUAUAUAUAUCUAUAUCUAUAUAUAUCUAUAUAUAUAUAUAUUACUGUAUGGCAACCUGUUCAACAGUCAGUCAAACAAUCAUGACUGAACUUGGAAAGCCUUGUUCAAGGAUUACAUCGCUAAUUUACUAAGAUGGCGUGAAAAGCUUUAGCCUGGGCCCAGAUCUGUGUUUUCAUGUCAACUGUUUGCCAUGACAAGACUGGCAAAAUAGUAGUACAAAUACACUGGUAACCUAAGGCUAUUAAAAGCCCACAUCUUAAAUUUAAACUGUAAUUGAUGUGAUCAACAGCUGGUCGCUCUGGCCUUGACAGGACAGUCUCCCUAGCUCCACUAUUUAAAUGUUGACUGUAUUCGAUGUGAUCAGUGGUAUGCCCCACAGGCGAUCACUAAAACUCAGUAUUGCUCAUGACUGGAUCCUGAAUCUCUGCAAUAUAACAGGGUUGUAACGAAAUAAAAAUGAUAAUACUAAUGUGACCAUAGUGUGGUUUGGAAACACAAAUACCUCGAGCUAGUGGCUGUGCCAGUUGAGUUGUCGUAGUGAUGCGUUUGCACUCUAGGAUCAGAUGUGGGGUUUGAUGUAAUUUGUUUUUGUCUAGAAUGAUUGUGUUUUGUAGUAGUUAAUAAUGACUAUUAUGAUGUUGGUAUUUGUAGUAGUUAAUAAUGACUUAUGAUGUUGGGGUAUUUGUAGUAGUUAAUAAUGACUUAUGAUGGGGUAUUUGUAGUAGUUAAUAAUGACUUAUGAUGUUGGGGUAUUUGUAGUAGUUAAUAAUGACUUAUGAUGGGGUAUUUGUAGUAGUUAAUAAUGACUUAUGAUGUUGGGGUAUUUGUAGUAGUUAAUGACUAUGUUGGGGUAUUUGUAGUAGUUAAUAAUGACUUAUGAUGUUGGGGUAUUUGUAGUAGUUAAUGACUAUGUUGGGGUAUUUGUAGUAGUUAAUAAUGACUUGAUGUUGGGGUAUUUGUAGUAGUUAAUAAUGACGUAUGAUGUUGGGGUAUUUGUAGUAGUUAAUGACUAUUAUGAUGUUGGGGUAUUUGUAGUAGUUAAUAAUGACUAUGUUGGGGUAUUUGUAGUAGUUAAUAAUGACUUAUGAUGUUGGGGUAUUUGUAGUAGUUAAUGACUAUUAUGAUGUUGGGGUAUUUGUAGUAGUUAAUGACUAUUAUGAUGUUGGGGUAUUUGUAGUAGUUAAUGACUUACGAAUCCAUGUCAGUCUAUUCACUGUGUUAUUUUAGUCUGUAUUAAAUGACCAGUUCAUUUUUAAUAAGUUAAAAUGAGUGUAUGUAAUGGCUGUAUGGUGAGAGAAAUAACUUAUUUACUAAAUAUAACAAAUGCCUUUUUGACCACUGAA